UCGGAAUCUGAAUGCGACCCCAUGAUGGGUCUAUAUUUGAAAACUAGGACGUGACGGCUUCGAAGCUAUUCAAUCUACGGAUUUGCCCAUCAAAGAAUAGUUCUCGUGAUACGAGGUUAGUCCUAAUUCAGCAUACAAUAUCAACACCGUCGGCCUUCAAUGUCUUGCAUAGCCCUUCAUCCCAAAUGUGUUAAUUCUUAGGUCACAUCAAUGCUUUGUCGGUUGCUGAGUAGGUAGAUAUAAAAAAUAUAAGGAAUAUCAUCAGUCAAACUUACAACACUUCUAUCCAAAUUCCAGUGACUUCAUUCCAAUUAUUCUCUCAUCGCUGCCGUUCAAGAUGGUUUCUUCAAAGGAGCUACCGCCUUCAACCGUUCCCUUCUUUCCUAAUCAAUUCUUUAAAAAUCAAUUCCGCACCAAGCCCCAAUACCCACCCCCAAACACAAAUCUCUCCGAGAAAGUCGCUAUCAUUACUGGAGGAAACACUGGUCUUGGCUUUGAGGCCGCCACUCAACUGCUCUCAUUCAAGCUCGGUACCUUGAUACUUGCUGUGCGUUCUACCGCAAAAGGAGAGGCCGCCGCCGCAAAACUUCGGGCAAAAUACCCGAAAGCAACCAUCAAUGUCUGGAAACUUGACAUGAGCUCCUACGAUUCUAUCCAGGAAUUUGCCAGUCGCGUGAAUACUCAGCUACCUCGUCUUGACAUGGUCAUUCUCAAUGCCGGUGUGAGCAAACUCGAGUUCGGGACCGUCGCGGCUACUGGGCAUGAAGAAACGAUCCAGAUCAAUUACCUGUCGACCGCUCUACUUGCUAUCCUCCUGCUUCCCUCCCUUAAAAGUAAAUCUCCGCCUGGGACACCCGGGCGGCUUACGAUCGUCAGUGCGGCCCUUACUCUCGUCGCCAAGUUCCCAAACCGCGAUGAGAAUCCUCUUCUGCCGUCGUUCGAUAAUUCCAAGUAUUGGGAUCCAAACGACCAGUACUGCUCAUCUAAACUCCUGAUGCACCUGUUUCUCUGGAAACUCGUUGAUUACAUAUCAGCAGAUGAUGUAAUAGUGAAUCUGGCGGAUCCAGGAUUCGUCAAGGGUACUGAACUCGCACGUGAUGUCUCUGGUGGACAGCGUAUAGGGUUGUCCAUCUUUGCGUCUCUGACUGGCAGAAACAAGAAGCAUGGUGCCUCUACCUAUGUGGAUGCGGUUGUGAACAAGGGCAAGGAUUCCCACGGCGGGUUCAUCAUGAGUUGGCAGAUUCAUCCGUUCCCUACUCUAUUGUAUACGUCGGAGGGGCAACAGAUUACAGAGAGACUUUGGAAUGAGACGUUAGCCGAAUUUGAUUUCGCAAAUGCUCGUGGCAUCAUAGAGUCCAUGAAGGGAAAUUGAAUCUAAGAGGAUAUGAAUGGGACCUAGGACUGCGCGUGGUGAAGGAUACCUACCUAGUUAUUGAGUUGGUUUAUUAUUGUUCUAAAUACCUGUGAAGUUGAUCAGCAUUACGAUUUGCCUGAUUUUCUGCCCUAUGCGAUAAAUAUAAUUAUAUACAAAUAUUGAUAGGUCUAGUUGAAGCUUUAACUAAAUGAAUUAUUCUCAAUAAAUUCAGAUAUACGGAAAAGAGAAAAGGUACUAUCGUCCGUCGUCCGCCGGUCCAUCGCUACUUUGAAUCGAGCAAAAUUGUUAGUCAGCUAAUGGCUUUAGUAUAUGAAAGCCGAUAUACGCUCUUCCAAUAGGGUUCUUCGGGCCAUUCCAUUCUGGUUGCGCCCGGUCGCGGUUCGAGGUUGGAGGGUGGCGAUUCAGCUUGGCGUUUGACGAUAAAACAUAAGAUCAAGGGGAAUUUGAGUCUAGAACGCGAGCCCGCCACUAUCACCAACAGGUGGUCAGCCCCACAUCAUACCUAAUCUUUAACUCC